AUGUCAAACUAUAUAACCCAAACGGAGCUUGAUAAAGUACUUCAUCAAGAUGCGUACACCAGUAAAAACACCAAGAAUAAAAAAUAUAACCAAAUUGACGAAAAACUCGACUCGGAAAUAAUAUUCGAGUUCGGUGGACCAUGGGGUGUUACUGCAAUGAUGCUUGGAUUUCCAACCUUGAUGUAUUACAUGUGGGGGUGCCUUUAUUUCAAUCGUGGUCAAUUAGUAUCCCCAUUUAACCUUGAAUUCUGGCAGUUGGUUGCGGAAGGAGCUUCGCCCACGUGGUACUCUACAAAAAUCUACGUUGUAUUCUGUCUGUUUGAACUGUUUCUCGCUUUCUAUAUGCCCGGCCCCAUUGUCAAGGGUGCACCAGUUGCCCGCUUAAAGGGUCAAAAACUUGACUAUAUAUGCAAUGGUGUGACGUCCUGGUACGCCACUCUUAUUACUUCAUAUAUAGUGCAUCAUUUUGGAUGGUUUCGUCUCACUGAUUUGAUUGAUCAGUUUGGACAUAUCAUGUCAGUUGCCAUCAUAUCGGGAUUUAUUAUCACGAUUGUCGUAUACACGAACGCCAUUUUACAGGGAAAUCAGUAUCGUAUGUCGGGAAAUUUUUUUUAUGACAUUUUCAUGGGUGCUGUUUUGAAUCCGCGGAUCGGGAAAGUUGACAUGAAAAUGUUUGCUGAGAUUAGAAUUCCAUGGGUUAUUUUAUUUUACAUUUCUGUGUCGGCAGCCAUCAAAGAAUACGAACUAUUCGGGUACCUUUCCCCGUCAAUGGGAUUUAUGGUUCUUGCACAUUUCUUGUACGUCAACGCGUGUAUGAAAGGCGAAGAAUGUAUUCCGACUACAUGGGACGUGACCUAUGAAAAAUUUGGAUUUAUGCUGAUCUUUUGGAAUUAUGCCGGAGUCCCCUUCACGUAUUGUUAUUCGACCUUGUAUCUGCACAUUACGAGCAUAGAUAACGAUGCACCUCUUCAGCAUUCAUUACCAUGGACUAUCUUCUGUUAUUCGCUUUUACUCGCAGGCUACUAUAUUUGGGACACUGCCAACUCCCAAAAGAAUAAAUUCAGAAUGCUAGUAAACGGUAGCUACAUCCCACGUCACACCUUCCCUCAACUUCCAUGGGGCAUACUUAAAAACCCCACCUACAUAAGAACAAAACACGGUAAUCUCUUGCUGACCAGCGGCUGGUGGGGCAUCGCACGAAAAAUCCACUACACGGCCGAUUUGAUGAUGGCUUUCGCGUGGGGCUUCAUCACCGGUUUUGAAACGCUGAUCCCGUACUUCUACCCUUUGUUCUUUGUCGCAGUUCUGACCCAUCGUGUGAGCCGUGAUAUUGAACGGUGCUCGAAAAAAUACGGCAAAGAUUGGGAAGAGUAUUGUCGAAAAGUGCCAUAUAUUUUUAUCCCAGGUUUAAUUUGA